AUCAAACGUCAAUUCACGCGAUUUUUAAUUUCUCGUUAUUGAUAACAAAAUAACAAAACUAACGCGUUUACCGCAAUAAAACAAAUUAACGAACCAGUUACAAUCUAUCACCGAAAGCGAUCGCAGUUAGAACAAGUCCAGCCACUCGUAAAUUUCCAAUCUACAUUCCGGUCCGGUUGAACAUAACCCAACUUUCCAGAACAUUCCACACAGAAACAUUUUCAAUCACACACCGGGCCGAUUCGAAUGGAAACCGGCGCUCCCAUGGACAUCACCCCGAACAAAGACGGCGGAGUCACCAAAGAAAUCGUCCGAGAAGGCGUCGGUGAAGAGAUCCCCCAUCCCGGUUGCAAUGUAUCGGUGCACUACGUGGGCACCCUCACCGAUGGGACCCAGUUCGAUUCGAGCAGGGACAGAAACGAACCGUUCAAAUUCGAUUUGGGAAAGGGCAGUGUAAUUAAAGCGUGGGACAUCGGAGUGGGUACGAUGAAGAAAGGCGAACGGGCCAUUCUGACCUGCGCCCCCGAAUACGCCUACGGGGAAUCGGGCAGCCCCCCAGCCAUACCAGCCAAUGCUACGCUUAAGUUCGAUGUGGAAGUGCUGGAUUGGAAAGCGGAAGAUCUGAGUCCCAACCAAGAUGGAGGCAUCGAAAGGGUGAUAAUCAAAGCAGGCGAGGCGUAUUCGAGUCCCAACGAAGGCGGUCAAGUAGAAGUUCACAUCGUCGGUAAAUACGAAGAUAAAAUAUUCGACGAAAGGGACGUUUCGUUCGCAGUAGGCGAAGGUUGCGAAGCCAACGUGAUUGAAGGUAUCGAAAUAGCCAUACAGAAGUUCAAAAAAAAAGAAACUUCUAAACUUAUCAUCCGACCGAAGUACGCUUUCGGUACCAUCGGUUCUCCAGAAUUCAACAUUCCCCCUAACGCUGUAGUGGAAUAUACAGUUACGUUGAAUAACUUUGAGAAAUUAAAGGAGAGCUGGUCGUUGGAUUCGGCCGAUAAAAUAGAGCAAUCGAAGCUAUUUAAAGAUAGAGGUACUAGUUAUUUCAAAUCGGGUAAAUACCAGCUGGCUCUUAAAUUAUACAAGCGUAUACAAUCCUACAUCGAAUCGGAUACCGAUACCGAUACCGAAGAUGAGAGGAAAUCGUUGUUGUUGGCCUCGCAUUUGAACAUCGCCCUGUGUCAUUUGAAACUGAACGAACACUUUGAGGCCAAAUCGUCGGCCAGUUCGGCCCUGAAAAUCGAUCCGAACAACGAGAAGGCUUUGUUCCGAAGAGGAUUGGCCUUCAUCCAAUUGGGCGAACCGGCCCUGGCCAGUCAAGACUUUAAUCGGUGUUUGGAAAUCGAUCCGAAUAACAACGCCGUCAAGGCCCAGCUGGCUGAAUGUUCUAAAACGUUAAAGGAACAACUGCAGAAAGAGAAGAAAAUCUACGCGAAUAUGUUCGAUAAAUUCGCGAAAAUGGACACGCAGAGGGAAGAGUUCGAGAAAAAGAAAUUGCCGAACGUUUUGAGUUCCGUAGGCGAAUGGGGACAGGAGGACAGAGACAGGGAGCCCAGCGAAUUCGAAAAGGAGAAUCCCGAUAUAUUGUUGUUGAAUAAAACGGGAGAAUUUAAGGAUAUGUAAUAGGAUUAAGUGUGAAAAUGUUUGUGUAAAUAAACAAUACCCGGAAAUAUAUAUUAAUAUAUCGUUUGCUCCAUUUCCGAUUGCAAUAUUAUGGUCAUUUCUAUGAGUUGAACAAAGAAAGAUUAACAAUAAUGACAGUUGUUAGAGUGCAGAAGUUGCAAUGACACAAAUGUCAUUCUUUCCUUUUCCUUUAUAGUUGUCUCUAAUGGAAGUUGUCUUUAUCGCACCCAUGGCUUAUACAGUGCAUUUCUUUAAUGUCCCUCACCCCUUUAAUUUUUUGAACGGAUCGGGAACUUAGAAAAUUGAAAUUUGGGAUAAGAGGUAUGAUCUUAUUUCCAUCUCCGUUUCACCUAUGAUUAAUGUCAAAUGACGUCAUGAUUGAUUCCUGAUGGAAUUGAUUUAUGUGAAUAUAGGAACAAAUUGCUGGAUGGUUGGAAAUUUUGACGUUGACAUUGACAAUUUGAAUUU